GUCUUAUGUGAAGGAAACCAAGAGCCUUUAAAGAUGGGAAAGAAGAAAUUCACUGGAUUAGAAAUCUCCCUGAUUACUUUCUUCCUUUUGCUACUUAUCAUAACCAUCGCUUUGAUUGCACUUCUAGCAACAGGUUAUUCCGGUUUUAAAGCCUUCUCACCUACUUGUCCAGUUAUUCCUCUUCCUGAAAGAAUAGAUUGCAUCCCAGACCAAGUGGCAACAAAGGACCUGUGUGUACUCCGUGGCUGUUGCUGGGAUCCUCAGAAUGAAACACAUGUACCUUGGUGCUACUUUUCAAAAAAUCAUGGGUACCAAGUUCAAGGAAGAAUGUCAGAUACAAAUCCAGGAUUUGAAGCUACUCUAAUAAGACUACCUUCUCCAUCCCUGUUUGGAAAUGAUAUUGAAAAGCUUCAUCUCACUGCAGAAUAUCAAACUGCAAACCGAUUUCAUUUUAAGAUUACAGAUCCUGCCAACAAAGAUAGAUAUGAAGUCCCACAUGAAAAUGUUCAACCUUUUCAGGGAUCUAAAGCAACCAACUUAAUGUAUCGAAUAGAAGUCACAGACAAUCCUUUUGGAAUCAGUGUGAUCAGGAAUAUCAAUAAUAAAGUCCUCUUCAACACCAGUAUAGGACCUCUGAUAUAUGCUGACCAGUUCUUACAGCUUUCCAUUAGAGUGCCUAGCUGGAAUGUUUAUGGCGUAGGAGAACAUGUGCAUCGACAAUAUCGGCAUGAUUUUAACUGGAAAACAUGGCCUAUCUUUACCCGGGAUGCUUUUCCCAAUGGGGAUAUGAGCAACCUGUAUGGUGCUCAGACUUUCUUCUUAUGUCUAGAAGAUAAGAGUGGACAUUCAUUCGGAGUGUUUCUUAUGAACAGUAAUGCCAUGGAUUUUGCUCUUCAGCCUGCUCCUGCUGUAACAUAUAGAACAAUUGGUGGAAUUUUAGAUUUCUAUGUCUUCUUAGGAAAUACUCCAGAACAAGUAGUACAAGAAUAUCUAUUGUUGAUAGGACUUCCACUGAUGCCCUCCUAUUGGAAUCUCGGCUUCCAUAUCUGUCGAUGGAAUUACACAGAUCUUAAUGAAGUGAAAGCUGUAGUAGAAAGGAAUCGAGCAGCUGGAAUACCUUAUGAUGUUCAAUAUACUGAUAUUGACUACAUGGAAGAUAAGAAAGAUUUUACUUAUGACAAGAUAAACUUUGCAGGCCUCCCUGAAUUUGUCCAAGACCUUCAUGACCACGGGCAGAAAUAUGUCAUCAUACUGGAUCCAGCUAUUUCUGUCAAUAACCUCAUGAACAAUACACCUUAUGAAGCAUACCUACGUGGUGAACAGAUGAAAGUUUGGAUAAAUGAGUCAAAUGGAAUAAGCCCUCUUAUUGGGGAAGUGUGGCCAGGAAAAACUGUCUUCCCUGAUUUUUCUAGUCCUGAAGCUGUUCUGUGGUGGGCUUAUGAGUGCAACAAUUUUCACAAAAUGAUCCAUUUUGAUGGACUUUGGAUUGACAUGAAUGAGGUAUCCAAUUUUGUCAAAGGAUCAAAAACUGGUUGUGCAGCAAACAAUUUAAACUACCCACCUUUUACUCCAAGAAAGCUAAUUGGGGCAGAUAUUUGCGGCUUCCUUGAAAAUGUCUCAGAAGAACUUUGCAGACGAUGGUUGCAACUUGGAGCAUUUUACCCAUUUUCUAGGAAUCACAAUGCUGCGGCAUAUGCUCCUAAAGAUCCAGCAUAUUUUGGACACAACUCACUUUUGGUGAAUUCAACGAAACACUACCUAACAAUACGUUACAGUUUGUUGCCAUAUCUCUAUACCCUGUUUUAUAAAGCACAUACUCGGGGAGAGACAGUUGCAAGACCUGUUCUACAUGAAUUCUACUCCGAUGAAGCCACCUGGACUAUUGACAGACAAUUCUUGUGGGGACCUGGACUACUUAUUACUCCAGUCUUAGAUCCGGGUGUUGAUAAGGUAACAGCAUACAUCCCUGAUGCUGUAUGGUAUGAAUAUGAGACAGGUAUAAAAACACCAUGCAGAAAACAAAAGUGUCAAAUGUUCCUUCCAGAAAACAAACUUGGUCUUCAUCUUAGAGGAGGAUACAUCUUACCUAUUCAAGAACCAGCCAACACAACUGUUUACAGCCGUACAAAGCCUAUGGGACUUAUAAUUGCUUUAGAUGAGAAUGAAGAAGCAACUGGAGACUUAUUCUGGGACGAUGGAAUAACAAGAGAUACAGUCAGAAAUGAAAAGUAUCUCUUAUAUAACUUUACUGUCUCAAAUAAAAUCUUAACUAUGGCAGUUACACGUAAAGGCUACAAAGAUCCAAAUAAUUUGAUCUUUGAGAACAUCAAGAUUCUUGGGCUACCCCUUGAGCCUUCAGAUGUGAAAGUAACCUCAAAUAAUGUGGCUCAGUCAUAUAAUUUGACUGUCAAGUACAAUGCUGCAAACAAGGUUGCUUACAUAACUGGUCUUUAUCUUAAAUUGGGGGAAGAACAUACAAUAUCCUGGAACCAGACUUUAAGAGAUAUUGACAAAUUUGAUUGUCAUCCUGAAGAACAUGCAUCAAAAGAAAAAUGUGAAGCUCUUCGCUGCAUAUGGGAACCUUCUCCUGUUGCUGACGUUCCAUACUGCUACUAUCCUCCUGACAAUGGUUACACGGUUGACCAAAUUGAAUAUACAUCAUCUGGUUUAACAGCCAAUCUUGGUAGAAACAUUGACUUUCUUAGAGUUUCAGGACGGCAAAUCCCCCUCAUUGACAAACUUCGUUUGGAAGUAAAAUAUCAUGAUAAUAACAUGCUUCAGUUUAAGAUUUAUGAUUAUAGUAAAAAGAGAUUUGAAGUUCCAGUGCCUCUGAAUCUUCCCCAAACACCUAUAAGUACUUUGGAAAACCGUCUCUAUGAAGUGUCAAUUCAGAAUCACCCAUUUGGAAUUCAAGUUCGACGCAAAAGCACCGGAACAGUCCUUUGGGAUUCCCAGUUACCUGGCUUCACCUUCAGUGAUAUGUUCAUUCAGAUUUCCACUCGCCUACCUUCACAGUUUGUAUAUGGGUUUGGAGAAACAGAGCAUAAACAAUUCCGGCAUGAAAUGAAUUGGAAAACCUGGCCAAUGUUUGCAAGGGAUCAGCCUCCUGGGUACAAAUUUAACACUUAUGGAGUUCAACCUUUUUAUAUGGGCUUGGAAGACGAUAGCAAUGCUCAUGGAGUCCUAUUGUUGAACAGUAAUGGAAUGGAGGUAAAAUUCCAGCCAACUCCUGCUUUAACCUACCGUACCAUUGGAGGAAUUUUGGACUUUUAUAUGGUUUUGGGCCCAACUCCAGAACAAGUCGUUCAAGAAUAUACCGCACUUGUUGGACGUCCAGUUUUACCUCCAUAUUGGGGUUUGGGAUUCCAGUUGUGUCGAUAUGGAUACAAAAAUGAUGCAGAAAUAUCUGAAUUGUAUGAUAACAUGAAAGCAGCUAAUAUCUCAUAUGAUGUACAAUAUGCCGAUAUUGACUAUAUGGAACGGCAAUUGGAUUUCACUUUAAGUCCCAAUUUUACAAACCUUCCAGCUCUCAUUAACAGAAUAAAAAAGGAUGGAAUGAGAUUUGUCAUCAUUUUGGAUCCAGCCAUCUCAGGAAAUGAAACUAAUUAUCCUGCUUUCACAAGAGGACUUCUGGAUGAUGUUUUCAUUAAGUGGCCUAAUAGCAGUGAUAUUGUGUGGGGAAAGGUGUGGCCAUAUUUUCCUAAUAUUACUAUAAAUUCAUCACUCAGCUGGGAUGAUAAAGUGAAAUUUUACAGUGCUUGGACUGCUUUCCCAGAUUUUUUUCGGAAAUCUACAGCUCAGUGGUGGAAAAAAGAAAUUGAAGAAGUAUACAAUAACCCCAGAGAUCAAUCACAAAGCAUCAAGUUUGAUGGCCUAUGGAUUGAUAUGAAUGAACCUGCAAGUUUUGUCAAUGGUGCCGUUACUGGUUGUAGGAACUCUGAUCUAAAUAAUCCAAUAUAUAUGCCAGACAUUCUGGGAAAACAUGUGGGACUGAAUGAGAAAACCAUUUGUAUGGAAAGUGAACAAAUUCUGCCUGAUGGAAGCCCAGUUCGACAUUAUGAUGUCCACAAUUUAUAUGGGUGGUCACAGACUAAGCCUACCUAUGACAUUUUACAAUAUAGUCUGAGGCAAGAUCCUGUAGCUUUUGAUAAGGAAUUUGAAGACAUAUCCAGGAACGUGCUUAAUACCAGAUAUACUUUGCUUCCAUAUUUGUACACGCUAAUGUAUGAUGCCCAUGCCCAUGGUAGCACUGUUGUGCGCCCUUUACUUCAUGAAUUUACAGAUGACAAAGCAACAUGGAGUAUACAUGAGCAGUUUCUCUGGGGACCUGUAUUGCUCAUUAGUCCUGCACUACAUGAAAAUGUUACAGAAGUGGAAGCUUACUUUCCAGAUGCCUGCUGGUAUGAUUAUUACACAGAUGAAAACAUUGGCACAAGGCGACAGCAAAGAAGAUUGCCAACUCCUCUUGAUCACAUCAAUCUUCAUCUUAGAGGUGGCUAUAUUAUCCCAUGGCAGUUACCUGGUUUAAACACCAAUGCCAGUCGAAAAAAUUUAAUGGGACUUACAGUUGCUUUAGAUGAUAAUGGGGCUGCUCAAGGACUUCUUUAUUGGGAUGAUGGAACAACAAUUGAUGCAUAUGAGAAAGGACUUUACCUCUUACACACGUUUAAUGUCAGCCAGAAUGUCUUGGAUAUCAGGAUUGCCCAUCAAGGAUAUUUUGACCCAAAUAACUUAAAGUUUGGUGAAGUAAAAGUCUUAGGGGCCCAAUUCAACUCUUCUCAAAGUGUGGUUGUACUUCAGAAUGAUGCAAUCAUUCCAUCACCUCACAAAGUAAUGUAUAACUCUACAAAUCAGGCAAUGCAUAUUACAGAUCUUCACCUUUUCCUGGGUCAAGCUUAUACACUGCGAUGGAACUAGCAUCUCUUAUAUGACAAUUUUGUUAUCUGUACUUAUCACAAGUUUAUCAUUCUUAAAGAUAAUUAAGAGUUUAACUUUUAAUGCUUUCAGAAUGCAACUAUUCUGGAAAACAGUAAUAACCAUUGAUUGACACCAUUACUGAGUAGAUUUGACUUUGCAUGUUUCAAUAAUUAAAGGGCAGAAGUCCGUAUUUCAUUCUAGAUUCAUCCAUAGUGCAACCUGUUCAACCCAAUGAUAACACAACUUUGAUAAACUUAUCUCAAUCUCAACUUUAAUAAUUGCAUAAAUGGUUCAUUGCAAUUUCAGUUCAGCACUUUAAAACAUAUGGAAUUCCUUGUGAGUUUUAAAUGGUUUUUUCACAGAAGACUCCAACAAUACUUAAUUUCUGAAUAGGGGAAAAAGGGUUUUCUGAAUGGAAAACCAACUUAUGUUCUAUAUCUGUUAAUGCUGCAUUAGAAUUGCCAGUCUUUGAAUUGGACAUAACUUGGUAUAUUUGCUGUUUAUAAGGUCUUGUGAAUGACUGCUAUUGGACUGUAUUAUUGUAAUUUGAGUAAAAGUCAAUAUUGGAACCAGAGCUCUUGUAUUAUUUUUCAUUAAAUAUAUUGUAUGAGGAAGAUCUGAAGAUUCAGUUAAGCCUUAACAGCUUGUUCCUAAAGAGUUCUGUUAUGCCAUCAUUUUCUCAGCUUGUAAAGAACCACUCAGUUAAAUUUUUUGGUCAAAUAUUUCAUUUUGGAUCAAAAAACAAACAAACCACUUUUAAAAUGUAUGGCUGCAUAUGGGAGGUAAACAUUAGGGAACUGAUAAUAGGAUUAAGGUAAUUGUUGCUUAUGUCAGUAGAUAGCUGAGGAUGCCUCCAUGCAUAUUUGAAUUCAAUGGAACUUAGUUCCACAUAAUUAAAAUGUAAUUCUUCACACACCUAUCUGGAAGAAAAUCCUGAUAAGCUGGGAAUAACUUAUUUUUUUUGAAAAAAUGCAUUUGGCUUGUCUUUAAGAUACAGUUUUAUGUCAUACAUUUAUUUUUUAUUGGCUUAUCAAUUAAGUAAUUCCUAUCAUUUUACUAUUUGUGUAUGAUAGAGCUGAAUUUAAAUAUCUUUUGGUUUAGCUGAUUUUGAAGGGAGAAGUUUGAAUAUUUCCUGUAAUUAUGUCAUCAAAAUCAAUUUCAAUUAAAGGUAAAACUCAUUUGUUUUUUUGGAAAUUAUUUCUAUAUAG